UUCCAUCCACAGGGUCAUUCAGGCGAAGCUAGCGCAGGAUACUUGAACUAGUGCGAGUCAGUGAAGGAAACCCAGCAUCAACCUUGUUCUUCGUUCAAGCGUUAUUUCACACAGUCGUGAUCUGGAGUUGAAAGGUGUCAAAACUAGAGGACACUCUUGGUUCUCUUGAGUGGGCUAUGGCCGUUUGACAAUCACACAUACGCCCCAGACUCUGUCUUUGACUUUUGUUUCACAUUGUCCCUUCUUUCCCUCCCGAUCCCCUUCCCAUCAUAUUCCUAGCAUUGUUUGGUUGAUCGACUUUGGCACAAGGAAGCCGUCACUCCACACGAUGUUUAGCCCCAUCAGGCCCCUGUUGCUCUUGAGCCUGGGCCUUUUGUCCGUAAUGGCUCAGCCCCCUCGCAAAGAGUCGGAGGGAGACCUCCUGGAAAGGAGCGUCAACGAGCUUUGCAAGGAUCGACCAGCCUCCGAGUAUUUCCGUCUCACCACCGAGAAGGAUUGCCGCAAUGUGGUUCGAUGCGAUAGUGCAGGCUCACAGGGAAGUAUUCGUCUGGCCACGGUCAAGUGUCCGGAUCAGCUGGCAUUUGACCUUGAGCGUCAGACGUGCGACUGGAAGGCCAGAGUGUCGAACUGCGAUCAACUGUCCAAGCCUCGUUUGGUCAAGCCCCGAUUAAACACGGACGAGCCCACUUGCCCCGAGGGCCAGCUUCAAUGCGGCAGUACGGAAUGCGUCGACCAGAUCCUUUUCUGUGACGGCAAUAGUGAUUGCUCUGACGGAUCGGAUGAGAACGCAUGCGGUGUCGACGAGGAUCCGAAUCGUGCAGGCAAAUGUGACAACUCGAUUUGCCUUUUGCCCGAUUGCUUUUGCUCCGCUGACGGAACUCGAAUUCCCGGAGAGAACGCCGAGGUGGCCAACACGCCCCAAAUGGUGAUGUUGUCCUUCAACGGCGCUGUCACCGAGACCAACAUGGAAAUCUACACGAGGAUUUUCAACGAGGAACGAGUCAAUCCUAAUGGAUGUACUCCCAAGGGAACCUUCUUCGUUUCUCAUAAGUACACUAAUUACUCCGCCGUUCAGGAGCUUCAUCGACAAGGUCACGAAAUUGGGGUCUUCAGCAUCACCAACAACGAAGAUGAACGAUAUUGGUUGAAGGGAACAUACGAUGAUUGGCUGGCUGAGAUGGCUGGAGCUCGUCUCAUUGUGGAGAGAUUCGCCAAUAUCACGGAUGGAUCGGUCAUUGGCAUCCGCGCUCCUUACCUCUUGGUUGGUGCCAACCAGCAAUUCGCCAUGAUGGCUGAUCAAUUCUUUGCCUAUGACACGUCCAUUGUGGCUCCAUUGUCUCGCGUGCCAAUGUGGCCCUAUACCCUGCAUCAAUUGAUGCCUCAUAAGUGUCAUGGUAACAAGCGAAACUGUCCCUCCAGAAGUCACGAGGUCUGGGAGAUCCCCAUCAACGAGUUGGAUCGUACGGAAGAUAAGGAAAUUGAUGAUCCCCUCACCGGUUGUGCCCUUGUCUCUUCGUGUUCGAAUAUCUACACCAAAGAUCAAUUCUUGGAUCUCCUCAGAAGCAACUUGGAGCGCCAUUACAGCACUAAUCGAGCUCCCCUCUCUUUGUCCCUGGAUGCAUCUUGGCUCCAAGCUAAUCCCGAUUUCGCCAAAACCAUUGGAACUUGGAUGGAUGAGGUACUCUCCGAAUUCAACGAUGUCUACUUUGUCAAUCAUGUCCAAGUGAUCCAAUGGAUGCAAAACCCAGUGUCCAUUAACGCUCUGAGAGACUUCGAGGAAUGGAAAACCAAUUGCAAUAACAAGGGCCAACCCUUGUGUUCCCUACCCAACCCAUGCCCAUUGACAUCGCGGGAAUUGCCAGGCGAAACCAUUCGCCUCCACACGUGCAUGGAGUGCCCUAACAAUUAUCCCUGGAUCUUGGAUCCCACUGGAGACGGGUUCUCUUUCAAGUAGAACCCACUAAGUUGAUUUAUUACUCUUUACUAUUUGCUGAGCUUCUCAUUCCACUCCGCUUUCAAAGGAGA